GACAUUUUUCCAACAUCCACUACGGUCACACUGCGAUCCAUUCUUCAAAAAUAUUUACAAAAAUACGGGUAGUUUUCUUAUUUUCAAUCUUAACAAAAGAAGGAAUGGCCUGUGAGCUAAGCAGAACUGGUUGAGGCUUGGGAAGACUGGCAAAACUCCCUUCUGCGCGUUAUUAGCCACAAGGAGCAGUCGUUCCCCUCCAGAAUGCAGGAUGCCGAGGCACCGGAUCCAGAACCCAGCAGCACAGAAGAAAAUUGCCUCCCCGAAAAUGGGAGCCGUAAAGAUCAGGAGCAGAAUUCGGUAGAGGCUGAACGGGAGGCUGAAGCCGACGGAGCCACCUGCACAAUUUGCGGGGCUGCAAAGGCCUCAGCACUCUUGGAUUUGCGCUCCAAUCAUGUGAUGCAACGUCGCCUGAGUCGGGACUGGAAAAUCCACGCCGAUGUAAUUCGUUCCACCUUAAAGGCCAUUUGUGUGGAGUGCGUUUGCAAGUUAAACAUGCAUUCAGAGGUCACUCGCUCACUGAUGCAGCGCAUGCAGCGGCUGCAGCGUUCCGGGGGAGAAACCACCACGGUGACCACAACCACGACUUCCCCCAGCCAACACAGUCCACCGAUAGCUGAUGCAGAGGUGUCCACCACUCUGAUCGAAGGCCAGGAGGAGGCAGCCGAAGCCGGAGCAAGUUCGUACACCCCUCGCUCCUCCUGUUCCGUUUUGGAAGUCUACCUUGCUCAGCAACCCUAUUCGCCAACGGCCAAGGAAGCGGAAGAAAAGCAGGCAGAUGGCUGGAAGUGGCGAACGCGGCUUGAGUGCCAGGAAUGCGGCAGGGCCUACUUUCGGCGGGAUUACUAUGCACAGCACUUAAGGCGCUGCAGCAAGUUGCGCAGGGCACAGCCGCGGCCACCGCGUGCAAAGUGUCGUGUGCUGAAUGAAGCCAGCUGCGACGAAGAAGCACCUUCCAGAGUCACCCGCUCUUCGCGCAUCUAUUACUGUCGCCAUUGCGACGACGAGUUCGACUCGAUGAUCGGUAAGCGGCAGCACGAGAGGUUGAAGCAUAAGCAGCGUUUUCCCUGCGAUUUGUGUGAAGCCCAACUGGACACCAAGUACGAGUGGGAACUGCACCACACCAUUUGCCAGGCCAAGCAGGAAGCUUUAAUAAUCUUACAAGAACAGGAAUCAGGACUAGCGGCAGAAUCUCGAACUCAUUCCAUGCGGUCCCGCUCACGAGCCUGUUCUGAAGCGUGGGACAAGUAUGAUGUGGAUGAUAGAGAUGCAGAAAACGAUGAGAACGAUAGUUACGAGGAGGAGCCGGAUGAGGGCGAGGAUGAUCAGGAAGAAGGCGACGAUGACCAGGAGGACGCCAUGUACACGCGUCGCAUGAAUUUCACCGGUGACUGGAUCGUAAACCAUAGCCGAAGCAAUAGCAAUAGUGCCGCGAAUCUAUCCCAUUUAUAUGACGAGUACGGACUGGGUGAAACGCACAUGACCACCGACAAGGAGUACGAUCUCUACCUGCUCGAUCUGCUGAAGAAGCAGGUGAGACUAAAGGCAUUCUCGUGUUUUACGCCAUCCUGUGGCUAUCAAACGGACACGCUUGUGGCUCUAAUGAAGCAUGACUACAUGGAGCACUGGAAGAUGAGCUGGUUCUACUGUCACAAGUGCGGCGAUGUCUUUACGAGCAAGGUUUUCCUGGACUACCAUUUGCAUCUGCAGAACCGUGGCCUUUACAUCUGCCACAAGUGCCGCGAUGAGUUCGAGUUGCAGCACCAGUUGGACCGCCACUUCCAGCUCCACAGAAAAGGAAUCAACUACCACUGCAACUUCUGCCGCCUGGAGUUCCUCAGCGAGGCCAAGCUGCUGGCCCACUGCAAACUCCGGGGACACAGUCCCAACGAUGAGCCCCUGAUCAGCAUAGACCGUUCGCUUUCCAUAGUCAACUGCCAUGCGUCCCAAUCACCGGACAGUCCACGAAUAUCGAAAUCAUAUGAAGAGCGGGAGUUCUAUAUUCCGAGAAUUAAGGUGCCAUCAAUGCAGCCCAUGCAUUUGCCGCAGCACAAACCCUUUCGCUUCGCCAUCGGCAUCUGCGAUUUCGAGGAGAAGAACCCCAACUGCGUGGGAUGCCAUUAAGUCCACGAUCGACAUUAGUUUCAUUUUAUGUCUUUAAUUAAAAUUUGUAUUUUUCUAUCAUAAAUUGAAAUUCGAGUUUUGUAUUUGA